AUGAGCGGAACAGAUUUUAACGGGUCUGGAAUGGGCGUUGAAGAAGCCAGUAUGAUCCAGGAUUCUUUGAAUGAUAUUCAGCAGACGAUGGGGGGUGAAGAUUUAGUUUCUAAUGAUGAUGAUGUUAUUCCUACCGCGAUUGUAAUCAAAAAUAUUCCAUUUGCCAUCAAGAAAGAGCAAUUGUUGGAUGUAAUUGCGAAUUUGGACCUUCCGUUGCCCUAUGCGUUCAAUUACCAUUUUGAUAAUGGUGUAUUUAGAGGUUUGGCUUUUGCCAAUUUCACCAAUACGAAUGAAACUACUCAGGUGCUGAAUUCAUUGAACGGGAAGGAGAUUGGUGGAAGGAAAUUGAGGGUUGAGUUUAAGAAAAUGUUGCCUCAGGCAGAGAGAGAACGUAUUGAACGUGAAAAGAGGGAAAAGAGGGGACAGUUGGAGGAACAACAUAAGUCUUUGUCGAACUUGUCCCUGCACUCGUUGGGGAAAGGAACUGCUGGGAAUGGUAACAUGUCAAGUGCUUCCAAUAGCCAAUUAUUUGCUAGUUUCUUGAACGAGGGUGCUAACGCCAAUGGUAACAAGAGUUCUUUGGUCACUGAUCCAUCAUUGUUACAAGCUUCGGGAUCCAGCGUUUCAUAUUACUCAAAUGCCGCACAGCAGCCAUCUCAACCUUCUAGCCAGCCUUCACAGGUUCAGCAGCAGCAGCUUCCUCAACAACAGCAGAGACAAGCGUCGGCAGCAGCCGCGGCACCUCCACCUUUAGGUGCAGAGAGGUUUUUUGCACCACUUCCAUCUUCUGCUACGUUGCCCCUACCACCACAGCAACUCGAUUUCAAUGACCCUGAUACAUUGGAAAUUUAUUCUCAAUUGCUGCUUUUCAAGGACAGAGAGAGAUUUUACUACGAGUUGGCUUAUCCUCUUGGUAUUUCUGCAACGCACAAGCGUGUCAUCAACGUCUUGUGCUCCUUCCUAGGGCUGGUCGAAGUUUAUGAUCCAACUUUUAUUAUCAUCAGAAGGAAAUUUUUAGAUCAAGCUACUUUGCAAUCUCAUUUGCAACAACAAGGCCAGGGCUCAAUGAUGAACACUUUGCAACCAAAUUCUACUGGUGGUUCAAUGAAUAGAUCUCACUCGUACACAAGUCUUUUGCAAGCACAUGCAUCAGCUUCUGUUGCUGCUGCUAAUCCAACGACUUCUUCGAUGGCAUCUCCUAACCCUAACAGUAAUACUGCGAUAACUCCACCAGGUUGUUCGACUUCCACUAAUAAGAUGUCGGGCCAACCUCAAGUUCCUUCGCAGCAGAUGACUCAACCUCAGUCACACGGGUCGCAAAUGACUUCAUCCCCUUCCCAAUUGAUGCAACCUACUGCUCUGCACAAUCCAGAGACGCAACAAUCUCAACAACAGUCCUUCCUCAGACAGCAAGCCUCUUUGACUCCAUCUUCAAGAAUUCCAUCGGGUUAUAUGUCGAACCACUCUCAACUGAGUGCUGUUAAUCCAUUGUUGAGAAAUACUAACAUUUCACCACCAGCAGGAAACGUUCAACCAAACACUGCACAACACAGGGUUCCACCUUCCUUCUACUCCAGCGCUACGACUUCGCUUCAAAUGCCUGAUCAACAACAACAACAACAACAACAACAACAACAGCAGCAACAACAACAGCCUAACGCUUUGCUGCCACAACACACCAACGGUUCCAUUCAUUCAAAUUUUUCAGUUCAGUCCUUCCACGAUGACGGGUUGGCAUCUGUGAAUGGUUCAGAGAUGGUGUAUACCUCCUUGGAACAUUCCAAUUUUGGCAAUGGUUUAGAAGAGGGACUAAGUCGGUCUCUAAGCGGGUUGGAUUUACAAGCUAAUGCCAAUGGCGCCAAUCAUAACAACCCAAAUGCUAGAAAAGCAUUGUGGUAA